AUGAAUACUAGGAGUGAGCCGCUUUGUUCUCUCCAGGGCCGCUCGGAUGUCUACGGAGUCGGUAUUCGAGCCGCCUUUUACGCGCAAUGGCUUGGCUCUCUUCUCAUUGAAUACCUCUCUGAAGAGAACCUCGCAGAUUUGCGGUUUAUCAGUUUGUUUUCUUCAGCAGGCGCAUCUAUAUCUCUUGUCAUUGGAGUCGCUUACAACUCACUUGAGCCACUCGAUAUAUGCCUUUUACUUCUUCUAGCCAUGGGUUUCUUCCUGUUCCAAAUCCCAUUAUACAUAUGGCGUAUUGUCACAAGAUGCCAAGCUCACCUUAACCCAUUCCAACUCUCAAAGGAGAAACAUGGACAUUUCUACCAUCUCAUGAGUCUGACGGUCCUCUCAGCCAACGUGUCGAUUGGAACAUGGUACUUUACGUCUUUUCUUCCUCAACUGCGCCGUGAUUGCCGUGACCUGGUAUUCCUAUUUGGCAAGGUCAGUCUCGAAAGUCAGGGGUAUACCACAGCUGGCUCGAUUUUCUUCAUUGGGAUCCUUGUCGGCAUUGGCGGGUUCAUCUUUUUGAAUGCUUGUUGCACCAUCACCAGAUCGAGUUCACGACAUAGGAGAGCGAGGUCGAGAAAUAUCUGGCGACUCAAAAUACUGCGCGCAACAUCUGGUGUCAUCGUCUUUACACUUCUGGUUCUAUCGAUCGAGCUUCCCAUUAAGUGGAACCACAUCCAAGGCGUUAACGAAUUUAGUACAGUCGCACAAUUACUGCCCUUGAUGCUCACUAUUGGAAUAUUCCUACGAUCUUGGGCUGUUUAUGCCAGCGGAGCCAAGGAUAUGCCGGGAGGACGAAGGCGACGCAGACCUCCUUCAACUUCCACUUCGUCUUCGUCGACAUCAACAUCUACAUCGACCACAUCAAGUAGCAGCUCUUCUCAGGUCAUAGGAUAUUAUUAUAUGUACCCUGCUGACCAGAAUGAUGAGGAAGAACCUCAGUACGACUACGAUGAUUACUAUGACUAUUACAACGAUCACAAUAGCCACUGUUCAAAUACGGCAGAGGAGGACCAAACCCAGAUUCAGUGGCCACAAGGAGUUCAUUUCUCGCGUUGGUAA